UCGCGAUCCCGCUUGUCCUGCCGAUCAUGAGAAGACACGAUUCAUGCACUAUUUCUGUCUAGCUUUCGGAAGAAAUUCCCCGUCUGUCACCAGCUCCGGCUCGACCGAUUAGGCUUAGCGGCUGCGAGUUGAAUUCGGCGCCGAUCACUGUGACCACCGGUCCCGCAUUCGUCCUGUCCGGGAAGAGGAAGCCGACAGAGGAGAACACAAUGAGCGGGGAUCGCUAUAUCGAAAACGAGUUCGACGAUUAUGCGCGAUAUUGUGAGACUUCGGCUUUCGCCUACGAGAAGUUCUUGCCCAAGAUCGAGUGUACAGUGUACAAGCUGUUGAAAGUUCUCGAGCUAGAGGCGCCGAUCAAGACAGACGCACGCGACUGUUCCGUCUACACAGGCUCUACCGGCAUAGCCCUACUUUACAUGAAUCUAGCUCUGAUACAGACAGCUGAUAAGAACGUAGAAUUCAAUGAGAAAGCGCGAGAGAUCCUUGUCACCCAACGGCUUGCGAAAAGAAGACACGAUUUCACAUUCCUCUGCGGUGAUGUUGGUCCCAUCGCGGUUCGCGCGGUUCUCCACCAUCGGCUAGGAUUGCAAAAAGAAGUGAAAACAGACAUAGACUUGCUGCAUAAGUUCGCUUCAGGCUGCGUUUCUCUGGAGACGGGAGAACCUGACGAACUUCUCUAUGGUCGCGUUGGAUAUCUUUACGCUCUACUCUACAUAAACGCUAAUAUCUCGACGAAACCUAUCGAUGUGAAACUCAUGAAAAAUGUUGUUCAGUCUGUUCUCGAAUCAGGGCAACUACUCGCCGCCAAGAUGAACUGCGAUAGCCCGUUGAUGUACGAAUGGCAUGAUAGUCUGUACUUGGGAGCCGCUCACGGUAUUUCCGGCAUACUGACCAUGCUGCUGGAAGCAAAAGAACUUCUAGACGCCCCCGAGAUGGCUCGAAUCAAAGGGACCAUCGAGUUCUUGAUCUCCCAGAAAUACCGCUCGGGGAAUUACCCAUCCUCGCUGGGAUCGACUUCGGAUCGUCUGGUACACUGGUGUCAUGGAGCUCCGGGAUUCCUCUUCCUGUUCGCGAAAGCGUACGAGGUGUUCGGAGAUGCUCCGUACCUGCAAGAGGCGCGACAAUGCGCCGAUGUCGUUUGGAAACGUGGAUUGCUCAAGAAAGGCUACGGCCUCUGUCAUGGCGUUGCUGGCAAUGCGUAUUGCUUCCUAAGAUUAUAUAAACUGACGAUGGAGGACUGCUAUCUGUAUAGAGCAGCCCGUUUCGCGGAGUUCUGCUGUGCCUACGGCACACAUGGCUGCCGAGUGGCCGAUAGGCCGUACUCCUUGUUCGAAGGCAUGGCUGGCACCAUACACUUCCUAGUGGAUAUGCUCCGACCUCUGGAGAGCAAAUUCCCCGGCUUCGAAGUUUGAUUGCAAUAAAAUGAGGGAAACUUCAUCUCGGA